AUUCUCAAGUUAAAACUUCUUCGAUUCAGACGUGCUCUUAGUGUUUGAUAAGAUAAGAAAUCAAAUUAUUUGAAACUUUAAACAGAAAACCUUAGAAUGUGUUUGUCAUUUGGUUCAGAAUGAUUUGAAAUAAGUGUGUAAAUAAGUUGAUCACGUUACAAAAAACGUUUUAGUUUAGAUAUUGUGAAAAGUGAGUCUGUGACAACAAUCAUCACUUUAUCAUAUCAUUUCACCAUAAAAAUACUUAAAUGAUAUUAGCAAACUUUGCCAAUGAAUUGUGAUUUAUGAUUAUUUACUUGUCAAGUAAACAAACGAGAUAGAAUAACUCCCUCAGCAAAAUGAAUUUAUAUCGAGAGAACAACACAUUUUCUUACGAUGGAAUAUAUCAACCCAAAGAUCAAAACGUAGUCACAUCAAGAAUUGAUUCAUUUUCAACAGAAUUCGGUGAACCCGAGGAUUUAAGUAGAUUCUCAAGACCUUUGUUGACAUUUGCAGCAACGUUAACAAUAAUUGUUAUGAUCAUUGGAAUAUUCGGGAAUACUUUAACAAUAAUAGCCUUGAAAAGAUGUCCAAAAGUUCGUAAUGUCGCUUCUGAUUUUAUAAUCAGUCUUUGUACAGCAGAUUGUUUAUUUUGUGUUCUGGUGCUACCGUUUAUGGCCACCCGUUAUAUUCAAGGCGCAUGGACACAUGGUGAAGGGUUUCUUUGUACUAUUGUGCCUUUCAUUCAGUAUGGAAAUGUUGGAGUUUCUCUUUUGUGCAUUGCAAUGAUCACCAUCAACAGAUACAUCAUGAUUACACAUCACAGUGUUUAUAAUAGAAUAUACAGAAGGAUAUGGAUAUAUACAAUGAUCGGAUUCUGUUGGGUAUUUUCUUACGGAUUUCAAAUUCCAACAUUAUUAAAAGUUUGGGGCAAGUUCGGUUAUGAUCCUAAACUUGAAACUUGUUCCAUUCUUCCGGAUGUAUAUGGAAGAAGUAGUAAAACCGCUCUUUUCAUCAUCGCUUUUGUUAUUCCUUGCAUAAUCAUCAUUGUCUGCUACACUCGCAUAUUUUGGGUCGUUCACAAAUCAGAAGAUCGAAUGCGAAAACAUGCAUCACAAACUUCCAUUCCAAGCAAUCAAGUGAAUGCCGUCGCGCCUUCAACAAAUAUUUUGAGUGAUAACACAAUUGAAUUAGCUUCGAGAAGUGAACUACCAACAUCGGUUAAAAAACUUAAAGAUCAACGAGAAGCAAAACAGAAACGAAAUGAAUGGCGAAUAACAAAAAUGGUUCUUGCAAUUUUUCUGACAUUCUUAGCUUGUUAUCUGCCAAUAACAAUCACGAAAGUGUUAGAUAAGGAUGUAAACUACCCAGGAUUGCAUAUUUUUGGAUACAUUAUGCUUUACACAAGUGCUUGUGCCAAUCCAAUAAUUUACGUGAUCAUGAACAAACAAUAUCGUCAAGCAUACAAAACUGUUCUUUUAUGCAAAGCACCGCACUUUUCAUUCACAAAUAACAACCACGGAAGUUCAAUUGGUGGUAAAGAAGUCCAAAAGAGAGUCCAAGAACAAUUUCGACAACUGUCACAGUCUUACCAUGGCGUCACAGGUAUCGAUAAUGGAAAAUUGAAGAGAGAAAGGCUGAAUUCUGAUUCACAUCAAAACAUUAUGGAUCACGUCUUUUUAGGAAUUCACUUUGACGAAACAAAGAAAUAUGAAAGAAUUCGUGUAGAUAAUGUGAAUUUUAACGAAAAUGUUUCUUUUUUGAAGGAAAAAUUUUGCGAUAUCACCGGAAGAAAAGAAGAUGUCUCACUAGUUUAUUGCGGAAACAUUUUGGAAGAGACUGAGCCAAUUAAUCGCUAUGUACGUAAUGGAUCAACAAUCCAUAUUUUGCGAAAAACCGAGGAAGAUGAACACAAAGAAUAUAAAAAAUUCAAUGAAAUGGACGUUUCGAGAGUUUGUUCACAAUUUCGCAGUUUGAAUUCAGGAAAUUUUCAUAAAAUUUCACGUCCAGAAGUAGCGAAAAUGAUUUUUGACAGCCAUCCAGAAUUGAAAAAGGAUGUGAUUGCAAUGUCAAUCCUUAAAGAUCCAAUAUUACUAGCCAAUAUGCAGAAUCCUGACACAGUUCGUAAUAUGGCGCAACACCAUCGUGUCUUGAUAGAAGCUUCCGAAACAAUUGUUAAAGCACUUAAAUCUGCUAAAAAUAUCACAGAAACUCCAGUUCCUGCUCAACCGACGAUUGAUGACCUCUCAGAUUCAUCAUCUUCGUCAUCAGGCUCAGAUAAUAAUUCACCUCAAGCUUCUAACUCAAAUAUGGUUCGUCGCAUCACUCAAGAAUAUUUAAGACAAUCUCUUGCUGCAGCUCAAGGAAGAAAUUCCUUGGCGAACAUUUCACAAAGAAAUUUAAGUCAAGCUGGAAGUGGAAGUAAUCCAAUCUCACCUUCAACUUCAUCAAGUUCAGUUCCAUCUGGUCAACGUUUCAUUUCAUCCUCAAUGUUUAUGAAUGCAAUGAAUGAAGUUCUCAUGGCAAAUCGUCGUGAUUCGGUUCAAAACAUUCGAAAAAUGUCAACAGCAGGCCCAAUUGAAGUGAAAAUAAAGGAAUGUCUGCAAGCUUUAAAACCAAAACAUUUAGAAAUUGUUAAUGAAAGUUAUAUGCACAAUGUUCCUAAAGGUUCCGAAUCACACUUCAAAGUGUUAGUGGUUUCUGAUGAAUUCAAAGGCUUACAGUUAAUCAAGAGACAUCGUUUAGUUAAUGGACUUGUGAAGGAUGCACUUGAAGAGAAAUUUCCUCACGCAUUGUCAAUAGAAGCAAAAGCUCCCGAGGAAUUUAAAGAAGAUUACAAAUUAGAUCCAAGUCCAAAUUGUAGAGGUGGUUUUGGCAAAUAGAAGUUUUCUUUUACAUAGUUUAA